AUCUCUAUGUCUGAAAUUGUUUCUGUAAGGUCGUGAUGUUGAGAUCUUUAAGUCUGGGUACCUUAAUCAGUGGAUUUGAUUGUGGAAUGGGGCAUUCAAAUGGCGAAAAUCCUCCGCCAGGACUCGUGUGCAAAUUUGUGGGGUUGGUUUUGGGGGUUUUGAUGAUAGCAGUACCAGUUUCCAGCUCUCGGCCAGACUUUCAGGCAUUGAAGGUGGCCGAGAAUGGCCGGCGAGUUUGCAGAGUGACAAGAUUCGGCGCCACGGGGAAUGGCAGGGUCUACGAUACGAUCCCCAUCCAAUCUUGCAUCGAUCAUUGCGCUGAGCAAGGCGGGGGAGUUGUGCACAUACCCCCAGGCACUUACCUGACAGGCACAAUCCACUUGAGGAGCAACAUCACGCUUUGGGUGGAGGAAGGAGCAACAAUCAUGGGCAGCACACGCCAGGAGGAUUUUGCCCCCGAGUCGGCAAGAUGGUACACCAUUUUGGCUGAGGGCGCCGACAAUGUGGAACUCACAGGCGGUGGAAUCGUUACAGGCCAGGGACUAAAUUUCGUCGUGGAAUUCAAGGAGGAGAAGAAUAUAAUGGUGAGUUGGAAUGUGACGGGAGACUGUUUAGGAGACGAGUGUCGACCGAGGUUGGUGGGCUUCAUCAACUGCAAGAAUGUACACAUCUGGAACGUCCGUCUCCAGGAACCAGCAUAUUGGUGCUUGCAUCUCGUCAACUCCGACACGAUCUCCAUCCACAACGUGUCCAUACACGGAGACUUCAACUCUCCAAACACCGACGGCAUCGACAUCGAAUCCUCCAACAACACACUCAUCACUCACUGCCAUAUCGACACCGGAGACGACGCCAUUUGCCCUAAAACAGCGGACGGUCCUCUCUGCAACCUCACCGUGACGCACUCCUGGAUCCGGACCAAGUCAUGCGCGGUGAAACUGGGCAGCAGGACAAACCACGACCUCCGGAAUCUCCACUUCGAGCAUCUCGUGAUCGUGGACUCGCACAGAGGACUUGGGAUCCAGCUUCGAGACGAAGGCAACGUCGACAACGUCACAUACGCCAACAUCCAGAUGAGCACGCGCUACUACCACCCCUCGUGGUGGGGGCUAGCGGAGCCGAUAUACGUAACGGCAUGUCCUCGCACACCCAAAACGGUGGUUGGCUCCAUCCAGAACAUCCAUUACAUAAACAUCACAACCACCUCAGAGAACGGCAUCUUCCUAUCGAGCUUAGGGGGGAGGAAUCUCAAAGGGAUGAAGUUCAGGAAUGUGAAUGUAACGCUGGAGAGAACGACGAAUUACAGCGGGGGACACCACGAUUACCGGCCAGGGUGCGAGGGGAUGGUGCCGCACCGGAUGUCGGCGACGUUUCUGGAGAACGUGGACGAUUUGAGAAUGCAGGGCGUGAUUGUGCGAUGGAAGACGGCGCGUGUGUGGGAUUGGGGCCUCCCGUUCGAUUUUGCUGCAGGGACUACUGUGCGGGGGAUGCACUUGCAGGACUACGAGAGCUCACACCUGGACUAACUCAAAAGCAGUGAUGCUGUUUGUACCCUAUCGACGAAUCCACUCCCCAGCACCAUUUUAGAAUUUGAUGCUUCGUUCGUCCAUCUACGCAUCUAUUGCCCUUUUAUCGCUUACUAUGCUUUUUUGUUUUUUUAUUAAAAAUUCGUUUUUGUAGAUUGAA